UUUCCCAGAGCAGUAAUUUCUCAGUGAAAUUGUGAGAUUCGGUCAUGAAGACGUGUUUAGUUGUUGCAAUUUUGUUAGUAGAGCUUGUGGCAGUUAUGUAUUGUGAUAUUGGCAAUACCGUCCACAAUAUUCAGAAAAGGCAAAUAGUCAAACCGGUCAUGAUUCAAGUGAAACCUCCCCCUGGUUGUAUAUUUUACGAAUGCAUUGCCAACUGCAAGCAACGAGGAUACAAAAGAGGCGGAUACUGCACCAUCAAUGGAUGCCAAUGUUUGCGAUAGUCACACUCAUUUUCCUUUAAAUACUUUAUGUUUUUUAUCUAGCUAAAAUUUAGCAAAUGCAUAUAAACCGUUAAAAUCCGGAUAUACAGCGAAACAAUCUUACUAAUAUCAUAAAUUCGAAAGGUUAUAUAGAUGUAUGUUUGUAACUCAAUCAGGUCAGAACGACUGAACAGAUCUAAAUUAAAUCUGGCACAGGAAUAAAUUAUAAUCUGUUUAGCACAUAGGUU